CCUAGGUUUGUUAGCAUCACUAUAUAAUGGAAGUGAAGCAGAAGUGGACACGUCUUCCGAUUCGCGCACGGCCGCAUCGCAAUCCCUUCGCUGAGAAUGACGACAGCCACCCUGACAACCCUAUUUCCUUUCAGGAAAACUUUCCGAAAUUCUUCCCCAACAUGCCGAAUCCUGUGGUGGAGUUUGUUGACGUUGGAUGUGCGUUUGGGGGAAUGCUCUUUGAACUCUCCACGCUCUUCCCGGAGGUUUGUAUGUUAGGGCUGGAGAUUCGCACGAAGGUGGCGGAAUUUGCACAGCAGAAAACGGAAACCCUUCGGACUUCCAAAGAUGCCACACAUCACUUUCGCAACGUAUGGUUUGAGCAACUCAACGUGAUGAAGUUUGGUUCAAACUGCUUUACGAAAGGCCAGCUCAGUAAGCUGUUCUUUUGCUAUCCUGAUCCACACUGGAAAAGGAAUAACAUUCGUCGGCGAAUUAUUUCUCCCGGGUUGGUGCAUGAAUACUGCUAUUGGCUGAGGAGUGGGGGGUUGUUAUACACCGUCUCCGACGUGGAGGAACUGGAGGCAUGGAUGGUGGAGUGCCUAGAUGCCUGCCCACUGCUCAAACGUCUAUCCGAUGAGGAGCUUAGCGACGAUGAAUCGCAGCGAAUCCUUAACAUUGCGAUAAAAACUAGUGAGGAUGGCCAACGAACACAACGGAAGGGCUUAAAACAUCAUUUUGCAGUGUAUAGACGCGUCUAAAAUCUGUUUGGUGAGCCUUGAGCACAGGAACCUUUCCAUAAGGGGAAGGGAAUCGCCGCGAUGGGGAUAAGUAAGCAAAUUUAGGUAUUAGGGGGCUGUAUAAUUCCACAGGUCCAUAAAUCUCUGCUUAAUGAAAUUCUCUCGCAAGAACGCCUCCAAGGACUUUGUUCCGAUUAAUUUCAUCGGUUAAGCCUUUUUGGGUUAUUUAAUACUUAAUUAGAUUUU